UCUUUGAAUGAAUGGAAUCUUGCCGUGUGGGAAGUCCUGGAACCAGGAGAUCACAGAGGCAGAGAUUUCUCCAUGGAACUAUGGAUGCUGAGCCUGUAGAAGGCAGAGCCUGGUCCAGGGAGGAUUUGUUGGUCUCCUUUCAUUGAGUCCACAGAGGUGGGGACAAGGGGCUGCAACAGCUCUGACUUUCCACUUCCGUUCCUCUGUCUGUCCUGCAGCGCUGAGGUCUCCUCUGUCAGAGCUAGAGCCAUCACAGGAGGUGACACAAUGCCUACCGUGCCUGUUCUGCUCUGCCUAGGGCUGAGUCUGCACAUGUCGCUGCAAGGACUCACAGGGACCCUCCCCAAGCCUACACUGUGGGCCAAGCCAGGCUCUGUGUUGCCCUGGGGGAGCUCUGUGAGCAUCUGGUGUCAGGGGAAUGUGGGAGCCCAGAAGUACAAUCUGUACAGAAAAGGAAAACCCAGGAUCUCGGAGAUGUCACUCUUACUCAACAACAAGGCCAAGUUCUCCAUCCCAUCCAUGAGUGAUGGCCAUGCGGGGCGAUAUCACUGCUACUAUCAGAGCACUGCUGGCUUGUCAGAGCACAGUGAUGCCUUGGAGAUGGUGGUGACAGGAAUCUACAGCAAACCCAGCCUCUCAGCACUGCCCAGCCAUUCAGUGACAUCAGGAGACAAUGUAGCCCUCCAGUGUAUCACAAGACAACCAUUUGGUGGGUUCAUUCUGACUAAGGAAGGAGGAGACAAGCUCUCCUGGACCCUGGACUCACGGCGACUUACCAACGGACAGUUCCAGGCCCUGUUCCCUGUGGGUCCUUUGAUUUCUGGGCACAGAUGGACAUUUAGAUGCUAUGGCUAUUACAAGAGAAAUCCCCACGUGUGGUCCAUACCCAGUGACCCCCUGGAGCUCAUGGUCUCAGAGGCAUCUAGUCCCAGCCCCCCAACCACAGAGCCCAUCACAACAUCAGGCUCAUCCACAAGAUGCUCUGGGGACCCCCGCACCCCACCCUCAACUCCCAGCUCCACAACAGACAUCACUCAUGGCCAUAGUCAAGGAAGGAACCUGAAAGUUCUGGCCUGGAUCUCAGUGGUUUUCCUCCUCCUGCUCGCACUCCUUGUGCUCUUGCGACUCCAGCAUCAGGGACACUUCAGGAAGGCAGGACCCAGCUCUGCUGCCACCUCCCCAGAAGACUCCUGCAGCUUUGAGAGCCCUGAGCAUGAAGACCUCCAGGAAGUGACCUACACUCGUGUGCAGCCCUCCAGAAGGAGAUGCGGCAAGGUCUCCCCUGCUGACCCCACAUUAAGGCCAUUCCAGGACCUGAGCAUGAGACCCACAGGAGAGGACAGGCUCAGGAACAGGCAGGAAUCUGACACUGAAAGUCCCCAGAGAGUGACCUACACCCAGCUGAACAGCUUCAAGAAGGGACGGGAGCCAACCACAACCCCUUCCUCCCAGGAAGAGGAGCACCCAGCUGCAUCCUGUGUGUACACUUGCCUGGCCACUCAUCAGUACGGGAGAGAUUUCAGAUCCCAGAGUGCAAGUACUGAGACUUGAGUAUAAGUCGGAGCAGAUCAACCCCAUGGACAUUUAGAUUGUGAACUGCAGCUCCCGGGACCCAUGGCAUGGACAGCCCAGGAUCCCUGAUAUUUUAAAAUAACUUGAUUCUGCAGUGAGUCAUAGCUAAUGUAGCAUAUCUGGGAUAUAUAACAACCGUAUUUUCUAAAUAAUGAUUGUGUAAAAUAAGAAACUCCAAACCUAGUGCAAAAUGUAUGGUAAUGAAAAAUUGUACAUGAAACUAUUGAAAUGCAAAAUUUGAAGUAAUUUAAUGUAACUCAAUGUCUUAAAUAGAAACUCAGAAACAGAAAAAUGUCUGAAGAUAAAUCAACAAUGCAAGGUGCACACCACAAGAAAGAGCAAAUGAGAUUUUGAAAGUGAUAGAAAGAAGGAAAUAAUAAUCAUAAUACGCAGAGUAAUUUGAUUCUGCACCUCAGGCUCGAGCUAACAAAACUCAGAUGUGUGGGACUGUGAGAUUUGCCUUUUCCACAUGUUGGUGGUUUGAAAGGGAAGAAGCAUUGUCUGAAAAACCACUGAAAAAUUGGUGCCCACCAUGAGUAAAUGAGAACUUGGCACCUAGAGAGGGCACAUCCCCUUUCAGGCUGCUCACAGGACAGCUCUGUGAAAGACCGAACUAGGCCUGGGGCAGCCCCACCCUGUGUUUCUGUCCCUGCUGCCUUGAACCAUGGUCUCACUCAUCUGCACAGCCCAGGAAAGUGCAUACAGACACCAUGACCCUCACCUUCACAGCCCUCUCUGCCUGGGUGAAAUGAGAGGAGAGAGGACACCCAGUCUAGGAAGGAUCCCACCCUACAGCCAGGCCCUGGUGCAUCAGCAGACCAGGUGCUUAGGAGGCUCCAGGGAUCAGAGGACCUGCUCAGUCUCCAGGGCAAAGUUCUCACAGGGAACUCUCUUCCAGGGCUGAGUCUGGGCCCCAGGACCCCAGGGCAGGCAGUUGAGUAUAUCCUCAGCUGUCCAGGGUCCUUUCUCCUCCUGGGGACAAGGGGUCAUCCCUGGAUAGUGGAGAUGAGCACAGCAGGUGUGGGCUGGCACUGGAAGGUCUGGAGGGUCCUGGGGCUGAGAUCUGGGAUCUGACGGGAAGAGGAAGGUCCUGGGACCUAGCUAUGUUUCCCUUCAGGGACUCUGUCCAAACUCAGGCUCUGGGUUGAUCUGUGAUACCAUGGGGGAAACCUGUGACAUUUGGUGUGAGAGGACCCUGGAGACUGCCUCUCCUUAGGCAUGUUUUAAAACUAUUUCACAAAGCUUCUAUAUAUUCAUGCAUUAUUUUAGAAUUUUUCCCUAAUUUUAAUAAUUUCUAACUAAAAUUUGGAUUGAUUGUUUGAAUUUUGUAGAUAAUUAUAAGGCAUAUAUAGGGAAGAUAUUGAGUUGUAUAUAUUGCUUUCCUGUACCCUGGCCUCACAGUGAGGUCCCAGUGCCACAUUCCAGGUCCUGUUCCAUGUGGAUCCCAUGCUUCCCAGCCAAAGGUGGACUUUUAAAUUCUAUAGCUAUCACAGGAGACAUCCUCAGACAUAGUCUGUACCCAGUAACCCUCUGGGUCUCCUGGACUCAGGUGAGGAAGUCUCGGUCCUGUCUAAAAGAAUUCUAGGACACCAAGGAGCUAAUUGCAGACAUGUUCCUCAGGACAGCUCCAGGUAAGAAUGACGAAUUUUAGAAUUCUCUGAUUCUGUGAGACAUGUUGGAAUAUUGAUCAGAAAUGCAUUAAAUCUGUACAUCAAUUUUGGAUGUCUGGCCAUUUUCACUAUAUAUGUUCUUCCUACCCAAGAGCAAGGAUGUCAUUCCACUUCCUGAUAUCCUCUUCAAUCUCUUCCUUCAGAGUACUAUUCAGAAUAAUUUUCAAUGUAGAGAUCUUUUACAUUCUGCAGUAGACUGAUUCCUAGGUAUUUCAGUUUUUUAAAUGCUAUUAUUAAAGGUGUUGUUUCCCUAACUUGUCUCUCAGUGAGUUCUUUAUUCAUGUACCGGAAGGCUAUUCAUUUCUCAGUAUUUAUUUUUGUAUCCAGCUACACUACUGAAUUUUGCUUAUUAAAUCUGGGAGACUUUUAGUGGAGUUUUUGAGUGCUGUAUCAUGUUAUCAGCAAAUGAUAAUUUAACUCCUUCCUUUUCUAUCAUUAUUCCUUUCAUUUCUUUCUCUUGUCUAAUUGCUCUGGCUAAAGUUUCCAGGAUUAUACUGAGUAGAAACAGAGACAGUAAGCAUCCUUGUCUUGGUCCUGAUUUUAGAGUGAGAGCGUUCACUUUUUGUCCAUUUAGUAUGAUGUUGGCUCAUGGUUUGUAAUAGAUGGCUUUUGUCAGAUUGAGAUAAAGACCAUGUAUGCCAAUUUUCCGUAGGGUUUUUAUCAUGAAUGUGGUUGAGCUUUGUCAAAAGUUUUUCCUUCAUCUAUUGUGAUGAUUACAUGUUGUUUGCAUUAAAAUGAUGUAUUUCAUUUAUUGAUUUACAUAUGUGGAACCUACAUCCUGGGAUGACUCCAAAUGGGUAUACAGUUUAAACGUAAAUAACAAUUCUCCAAUUUUCAGAGAAUCAGGAUGUUACAUUCCUUAAUUGUGAUAAAUAACUUCUUAGUAUCAAUUCUUCUUAUCCUAACAAUUAAAACUGUUUCUUAUUAAUAAAAUUUAGGAGUAUUUUUAAACCUAAUUCAGGGAGACUGAGAAAAUGGUGGCUUGCUAGGGGAUUGGGCAGAGAGUCUCUCCACAGAAAUCAUAUUAGAAGCUAGAAUAUGACAACAUGGAGAGAGCCAGAUGAAUGGCCCUCUUAUUAACCAAGACAGCACAGGUGGAGGAUUUAAAGUUGUGCUGAGACUGUGAAGGCUGAUAGUGGGAGGCUGCAAAUCCCGCACCUUUAAAUCAGCGAACUGACCCGGGGACCCAACAGGAAAAGCUGUGUUGGCUUUUGGUGACUGCUGGAAACUGAGACCUGGGACCCCGAGAAGCAGCCAGGACUGCCCCGCUGCACCAGAGGAGAUUGCAAAAGGCUCUGAAGCUCCAAAGCCAAACGCUGUGCAGUUUUCUGACCAUUCCACGCUGUGCCGAGCAUGCAGGGAGGGCGAGCGGCGUGGUGUGCAGUAGACUCAAGAGGAGGACCUGCACCAAACCCUGGUGAGUACUGGGGACCCUGCGGAUUCUGGGGUUGGCCAGAGGACAUCUUGGAACUGGGCAGUGCCCGCCACCAUGGGGACAUCAAUAACACAGAGAGUCUGGUGGCAGACAUCUUAGAGUUGGGCAGAACCUACAGCUCGGUGACAUUACCGAGACCCCUUGUAGGGAGAUCUGGUGGAAGACAUCUUGAAAUUGGGCAGAGCCUGACGCCGUGCUGGCUUCAGUGUCAUACAGAGAACUAGUGGUAGACAUCUUGGAUUUGGGCAGGCCUGCUCUCCUGGUACUCCUGUCACAGAGAGGUCUGGAAGAGAACAGCUGGGAUUUGGGCUGAAACCUGUGCCAUAGUGACAUUAGUCAGCUGCUUCUGGUACAGGGAGAACUGGCAUGAGCUACUGGGGCUAAACCAAGCCUCUGCUUGGGGCCCAAUAAGCAGAUACAAAAUAGUCACAACUCAGUGACAUCCAGAAAGUACAGCCUAAUUUACGGAUUGACUGGCACAGAGGCUGGAGGCUAGCCUGUACCGCCCCUGCAUCCCAGCCUACCCCAGAUAACAGCAAAUUGGGGAGGACAGCAAAAACUCAAGCCAGCACGCUUCUGAAAGGCCCUAAGCAAUACGGAGAGAGCCAGAGACCCCCAGGACACUCCAGUCUGAAAGAAACCAGAAACAUGACAAGAGAUAAAAAAUUUUUAAAAAUCUCCAGCUGCCCAACAUGAGAAAAUAAGCCCAGGAGAAGUAAACACUGAAGAGAACAAGCACAGUAACCAUCCAAUACUCGACACAGCAUCAGCCAAAAUUAAAAAAUACCUUCAUGACCUCAUAGAUGAAUUUAAAGCUGUACUCCUGAUCCAGGGGAGGCAAGAUAUAAAGAUACUAAUUAAAGAAAUGACAAGCCCCACCCAAGAGAACACAGAUGGAAGAACUGAGGAAAUCAGAAAAGAAAGAGAAACUUCUGAAGAAUUUAAACAUAACUUAGAAUACAUGAAACAGAUCCAAAGAGAUUACCUGGAAACUAAAAACUCCAUUGAACACUGGCAAAAUGCCUUGACAGAAACUAAAGACAGCCUUCUGAAACUUGAAGAGAGAUUUAUGGCAUAUGAUCGUGAAAGAAAAAGCCUCUUAAAAAUAACAAGGAACCAGAAAGAAACAAUUCAAAAACAAAAAGAUACAUAACUUAAGAAUAAAGCAUGUGAGUGAGGAAGCAGGAGCAACCAAAAAUGAAAUACAAAGAAUAUUCACAGAUAUAUUAAAGCAAAAUUUCCCAUGUAUAGCAAAAAGAAAUGAUAUCCAGAUAAAAGAUGCAUACAGAACACCAGCUACCUACAACCAAAACAGACCUACGCCUAGACAUAUAAUAAUCAAGAUUCCAGAAAUCCACCAAAAGAACAAAAUAUUAAAAGCAGCCAGAGAAAAGAUGCAGAUUACCUACAAUGGGAAAAUUGUCAAAAUAACAGCAGACUUAUCAACACAAACUCUUAAGUGAAGAAAGGAGUGGGGAGAAAUAUUCCAAGUCCUGAAAGAAAAUAAUAUGCAACCAAAGCUCAUAUACCCUUCAAAACUCUCUCUCAAAAUUAAUGGAGAAAUAAGAUGCUUCCAAGACAAGGAGGAACUGUGGGAGUUCGUGGCCACCAAUCCAACCCUACAGAGAGUGCUGAAGGACAUUCCAGAGAAAGAGAGGAAGGGAUACCAGGAUUCCAGCAACAGUGGCAGAGAGGCCUCAAUGAACAGGGCAGACAGCGGAAUGAGAGAAUAAGGUGGACAAAUUAUAGCAGAAAAGUGGAGUAGCAGACAUGAGGCAGAGACGGUAAGCUAUAGUCUUUAGUAUAGACAGCUCUGAAACACUAUUUAAAAAGGCAGAGGUCAUUGUUAAUGGUGUAUAAGGAUUUAAAAGACACAGUAGUCUUAUUGCCAUAUUUAGUUUGAAUUUAAUUUGUUCUGGUCUGUCCACUCAUGUCAGAUUUGAGGGCACAGACAUCUUGACUCAAAAAUAACAGGUUAUACCAUGGUAACUAUCCUUACUUUCCUAUUACCUUAAACUGAAAUCCUGUAUUACUUACAUUCCUGUAUUACAUUCCUGUAUUACAAUCCUGUAUUACUAUGACUGAUUUUAAUUGAAUCUGAAUCAUAAGACUAUGGGUUGGCCUUGGCUGAUUUUAUUUGAAUUUGGUAUGCUUGUUAGUAUCAACCCUAAAAGUAGAGGCAACUACUCUGAAGAUGACAAGAUGUAAAGGAUAUCCAUACUGGUAUUAACUAUUAACAGCCCUUAAAUCCUACAAUGCUUCCAAAGUUUUUAUAAAAAUAGGUAAUACUAUGUUUAACUAUAAUAAGCCAGUGUUGUGGGCAAAUCUAUUGAAAAUAACAAGAGGAAACAUAGUAACUACGGAAGAUCAUCUAUAUUGUGGUCUUAUAUGUCUUAUCCAUUGCAUGAUUUUCUAGGAAAUUGUUUUGCUGUCUUGCUACGACUUGGUUUUCCCUAUAAUACAGAGAGGAUAGAUAUAUAUGUAGAAAUUCACACAUGGGUUUUUUUUUAAUUAUAUAACACAGGAUGUAAUGAACACUCUGAGGAAGAGAUGCUAAGAAACCCGAGGCUAAUUUUGUAGCAUUAAGAUAUAAAUUCUAGCAAUACUAUUGUUCGCUUAGAAUGACAUUGGACUGGUUUCUUGAGUUCAAUUUCAGCAUAUGUAGAGAUGGGGACAGCUAUUACAAAGAGAAUGAGAGAUGCGAUGGUGGCUAUUAUUGUCUUCCCUAAUGUUAGAUCUUGAAGACCUAAAAAGCCUUCAUCAUCCUGUAGUGAUUUGAUUAGUUCUAUAAUAUGCAAUAAGUAUAUAAAGUGGGUGAAAAUGGGGACAACUAUUUGUAAGAAACUGGAGACAGUUAGAUAGAUAGUGAAGAUCUCCAGUGGACUUGCUUUGAAAUCUGUAUUUCUUUAAAUUGUUUUUUUUACUGUUUUGAUAUGUUUAACCUUACCCUCUUUGAGAUGUAAAACAAAUGUGUAGGACUGAUAACCAUAUUACUGAGCUUUUGUUCGAUCAUUGAGCAGAACUGUUUGUAGUGUCACUUUUUGAAUGUCAUUCUAAAUACUUUAAUUCUGUAACCUGAGCAGCUAUUUCUAGGAUGACAAUAUGUAACUUAUCAACCAGCAAUUUCUUACCAUUUGUUUUUCUGUAAUUUUGUAUUAUUUCUACCCUUUUUUUAUCUCCAUGUAUUUUUUGUUUCCUUUUCUUUAAAUAAAAAAAAUAAACCUAAUUCAAAAACUUCUAUGCAUGCAUGCAUGCAUAAUUUUAGAAUUUUUCACUGACUUUAAUAAUUUCUAACUACAAUUUGGAUUAAUUGCUUAAAUUUUGUGCUACAUGUAAAGUAUUAAUAGGAAAACUAUUUACUUGGGUACGUUACUAUUAUUUUUAGUUAAGUUAGAAUUCUCUGCUUCUUGAUUUUCAACUGAUCACUUCUGAUUUAAUGAUAAAAUUGGUAUCAAGGCUGGGGAUAUAGCUCAGCAGCACAGCAAGUAAGUUUGAUUCCCGGUACUAAAACAAUUUUGUAUCAAAGAAAAUUAGACAAAAAUUUCCCUUUAGCUGAGGAUAUAGCUCAACAGCACAGCAUCUGCCUGCCAAGCAUGAAGUCAUCACUUACAUUCCCAGUACCAAAAAUAGAAAUAAAAUGAAAUAAAUAAAAAUGUUAUGUUGUGGUUUGUAAAUUU